CGCGCCGGGGUGUGGGCGCGGCGCAGCGCGCGGCAGAGGGCCGGGCGCGUGGGGACGCGGGAGUGCGGGGUUCUCGGCGAGCCGGGCGGCGCCGGAGCACGCUGGCCGCCUGAGCUCGGCGCGGAGCCCGGGGCCCAGAGCCGCCGCCACCCGCCCCUGUGCGCGCCCCGCCAUGGAGCCCUCGCACAAAGACGCCGAGACGGCGGCGGCGGCGGCGGCGGUGGCGGCGGCUGACCCCCGCGCCGCGUCCUCGUCCAGCGGGGUGGUGGUGCAGGUCCGCGAGAAGAAGGGCCCCCUGCGCGCCGCCAUCCCCUACAUGCCCUUCCCGGUGGCCGUCAUCUGCCUCUUCCUCAACACCUUCGUGCCGGGAUUGGAUCCUGGGCCGUGUGACGUCACAAGAACACGCACGUUUGUCUCGGCCUUCGCGGUGCUGUGUGGAGCCCGCACUGACCUCCCGGACAGGCACGUAUGCUGUGUCUUCUGGCUCAACAUCGCAGCGGCCCUCAUCCAGACCCUCACGGCCAUCGUCAUGGUGGGCUGGAUCAUGAGCAUCUUCUGGGGCAUGGACAUGGUCAUCCUCGCCAGAUACAAGGAGCAGGGCAUCCCACAGCAGCUGUGAGUCGAAGGCGCUGCCGAGAAUUCCAGGGUGGUCCCAUGAGGGCUGCGCCAGGCUGCAGUGGGCACCGGGACCUCACUUGCUCUUCUGCCAUCUCCCGGGGUUGGAGUGGAAGAGGGGGAUUUAAAAAACAUUAUUUAUUUUGAAAACGCAUCUGCUGUUCUUGGCAGGCUGCGAGGCUGCCAGCCCCUCCCCCUGCUCCAGAAAGACACAGGCCCCCAGAGCAUCUCAGGUGGGGUGGAGGGUGGGGAGUGGGGGGAGGUAUCGCGGACAGCGAGGCUGGGAUGCUCGGCUUGCCCCUACCCUGCACGUCGCCCUGCCCCCUGCCAGGGUGCCCCAGAGCUGCCAGGCAGGGGCAGGGUUCAGUGGACCCUUCCUCUGGGUCCCCAGCCCCCAUCUGACUGUUUGGUCUCCCUGGGGCCGCGCCAGGGCAGGAAUGAGCCAGGGCAGGAGUGAGCACCCAGCCCGGUGUGGAAAGGUCGGCUGUGCCCUCCGCCAUCCCAGGGCUGCCUGGGGACGGGUCCCCAAAAGUCUCUCCUGGCCCUGUGCUCCCUUACUGCAGCCUACCGUUCACCCACCCUCCCUCCUCGCCACUGAAAUCUCUGGGCCUGGGUGUGUUUUGACCUUUGUUUCCCUAGACAGCGGCUGGCGACUCCAUCUCUGGGCAAAAGGGCUUGCCAGGUGUGCAGACGCAGGCUCCCCAGUGCAGGUGUGGGCGAGCACAGGCCUGCUGAGCCUUCACAUUAUACAGAAUACCACGCCUGGUCCAUAGUCCUCCUAAAAUCCUUGGGGCUGGAUGGGUCUCUGAGUUCAGAAAACGUGUAUCUGAGACGGAGUGAGACCCAUUUACCAUGCGUUUCCUAACACCCCCGCAGUCCGGGGCACCUCCCGACCGCCAAGCGCAUGACUGAUUUUGCAGAGAACCCUGUGAAAAGUCAGACUAAUUGGGAUUAAUAAAAACCAUGAAUAGCCUCA